UGGCCAGAAUGACUUCAGCCGCUUCCUCCGAUGGGGUGUUUGUGGUCAUCCCCCCGAAUAACAGCAGUGGCAUCCAACCAGUUCCAGCUGGGCUUCCCCGGACCCUGUGCCACCCUCCAGGGAUAAUGCAGUUUGAGGACCAACCUCUGGGAAUGCAGCCCCCGAGGCCCCCACGGUCGGCAAGCCUCAGGCCUCUGGAGACUUUCCUGAAUGGUGAACCCAAAGCCCUGGGGACGGUGCAGAUCCUGAUUGGCUUAAUCUACAUCAGUUUUGGCAGCGUGUUGCUGAUGUUCCGGAGAGGUCACAUGGGCAUGUUCUUCAUCGACGGAGGGAUCCCUUUCUGGGGAGGAUUGUGUUUCAUCAUUUCUGGAUCCCUCUCCGUGGCAGCCGAAAAGAAUCAUACCAACUGUUUGGUGAAAAGCAGUCUAGGAAUGAAUCUAGUGAGUACCAUCGCUUCCUUUGCUGGGACAGCCAUCUUGCUGAUGGAUUUUGGAGUGACUAACUGGGACGUGGGGAGGGGUUACUUGGCAGUGCUUGUCAUCUUCACCAUCUUGGAGUUCUUCAUCGCCGUCGUCGCUUCGCAUUUUGGGUGCCAGGCCGCUCGCUCCGGCUCUAAUGCACCGGUGAUUUUCCUGCCGAAUGCCUUCAGCAGUGACUUCGGUAUCCCCGGUCCAGCCGCCACCCCUCCCCCGGCCUAUGACAACGUGGCUUAUCUGCCCAAGGAAUUGAAUGAGUAGAAGGUGGAAGAGGAAUUCCAUGUGUGCCCUCCCUGAAAGAACCACCGACCCCUUCUGCUCCAUUCUAUCCUCCUAGAGAAGCAGCGUGGCUCAGGGGAGAGAGCACGGGAG